AUGUCGAAGCUAAAGUACCUGCUGCUUUUCUCGAGGCAGGGGAAGAUUCGGCUGAUCAGAUGGUACCGCCCCUACGAGCAGAAGGAGAAGGCGCUGAUUAUCCGGGAGCUGACUGCCACGGUGCUCGCGCGCAAGCCGAAGAUGUGUAACAUCAUCGAAUACCAGGACCACAAGGUGGUGUAUAAGCGAUAUGCCAGUUUGUUCUUCGUCUGUGGGAUCAGUCCGGAAGAGGACAACGAGUUGCUGACCCUGGAAAUUAUACAUCGAUUUGUCGAGACUAUGGACCGCUACUUCGGUAAUGUGUGCGAGCUGGACAUCAUCUUCAACUUCACACGAGCAUACAACAUUCUGGACGAGCUGAUAAUGUGCGACGGCUCUUUCGUGGAGUCCAGCAAGACAGACGUCCUCAAGAAUAUGGCAACGAUGGAUUCUAUAGAGUCCAAUGACAACCUCGAGCGCGCCCUAGUUUGA